AUGACCAGUAGUAAUUCUGUUGUAAUGGAUAAUGGAGAAAUCCCACCGCCACUAAUGAUGACUGCUGACGACAUUUUAAACCUUAAUAACCAAUCAUUGAUGCCUACUUCAUUGUUUCCUUCAAUGGACCAACAUGCAAUUGAAUCUCAGCAAUUUGCUUCUGAUCAUAUUGAUUGGGUUAGCCUCCUCUCAGGCUCCUUCCAAUUUGGAGACCAAAAUCUGACGCCACCGACAGCCAGAGAUAGCGAAAAUGCAGUUACAAACAAGAAGAAAGGAGGCAGAGCCAAGAAAACUACACCACAAAGAAUCUCCUUUCAUACUAGGAGUGCAGAUGAUAUUCUUGAUGAUGGGUUUAGGUGGCGAAAAUACGGACAGAAAGCUGUGAAGAACAGCAUCCAUCUAAGGAGCUACUACCGCUGCACGCACCAUACCUGCAAUGUCAAGAAACAGAUACAAAGGCUGUCAAAAGAUUCAAGCAUAGUAGUGACAACAUAUGAGGGCAUCCAUAAUCAUCCUUGUGAAAAAGUAAUGGAGAGCUUAGGCCCCCUUCUAAGGCAGUUGCAGUUCCUAUCUAGAAUUUAAACUUGUUGCUAUCACAAGUGGACUUAAACAUGGUCGAUUGUAAUAGGAGCUAAAACUGAUAAGGACAAGGCAAGAAGUAUAAGGUGAAAGUCUUGUUUUGAUUUGUACAAAAGCAAAGUAAGCGGUGAUAGCUCUCGCGCAGAAACCUAAAACUAGACCACAUUGCUUCUUCUUUUUUUUCUUUUUUCUCCUAUCUAUAUUUCCCUGGAUCAAGCAAAAAUGUAAGUAACCGACCUUCAUCAUUAACCAGUUUAGAGCAGUGUAUAGCAAUUUAAGAAGCAGAGCAAAGUAACUUUCAUGUCU